AUGCUCACAGGACCUCCCAGCAGAAUCGGGACUCGGCAGCACCUCAAGCAGAGGUUAACCAUGGCAACGCCUGCUCGACCUCUCGAGAAUGAUCCUCAGGUGGAUUUCUACGUCCUUCUAGGGGUGUCGAAAACUGCAACGGAGAAGGAGAUCAACACUGCCUACAAGAAGCUGGCGAUGAAGUACCACCCCGACCGCACCCGCGGGGACCUGGAGGCCGCCGAAAAGUUCAAGGAGAUCGCUACCGCCUAUGCGGUGUUAUCCGAUCCGAAUCGCCGUCGCCAGUACGACUUGUCGGGGGGCGACGAGGAGGCCAAGGGGGCGGACUACACCCCCAUGGACAUGGAGGGCAUCGGGAGCAUGGGGAGAGUCGUGGGUGCCCUGAUCGGCAAGCUCGGAGUACCCAUCCAGACGUCCAUCGCACAGUCUAGCCUGUCGGAGGCCUACGAGCUGUGCCAAAACUCGGGCCUCAACGAGCGGAACCCGCGGCUGCUGCCCAUGGAGUGUGGCGUGGAAUACAAGGGUACUGUGGAGAAGCAGCAGAGCGUGUUUUUCAUGAUCCACGUCACGAAAGACAUGGCUAGGGACGGCCUUGUGCUGCGAUGCACGUCCACGAACAAGAGCCGUUUCAAGCUUGUGCUUUUCGACAACGCCGGCAAAGCAAGGUAUCAGGAGGAGAGCAGCUCCACCUCCAACCGCGAGGGCUUCACCAUGUGCUCGCUCUUCUUCGCGCCGUAUGAGGUGAGCAACGUUGCGGACACGAUCAACAUCGCGGGGCUUAAGGGGGAGGAGGUACCCCCUAUCUUCCACCGAUUGGAUCUUUUCCAGCUUACCAGCCGACAACUGGAGGAGGGCGACCACCUCGUGGGCGUCUACGGGGACAACUGGCUGAGGGCGGCGUCGUUCAGCCUGAUGGCGAUACCCCUCAGCCCCAGGGCAAAGGAAGAGGAGGCCUCGGUGGUCAGCGUCGACGCGCAGCUCGUGUCGCAGAGAGAACAGCUGAAGGCCUUCAAGCCGGAGUACCUAGAGGCGAAGGCGAAGUGGGAGGCGACCCUCGGCAAGCUGGAGGAGCUGACGGCCCACACGACGGAGCUUGUGAGGGCGAGGGAGGUGGUCUACGACCAGCUCGUGGGGGCGUCUCUCUCAGCGUACGCAGCCUCGGACCAGGCGGCGGCAUCAGCCGCAAGGCGAGGGGUUCCGGCGAAUGGGUCGGUUGGGUCCGCGGUAAACGUAAACCACGCCUUGAAGAAGAGGAGAGGGGCGGCGGCGUCUUCGUCACAAGGCGGCGGGGGAGGGGGAGGAAGCGUCGGAGGGUUGUUUGGGCGGCUCUUUUGAGGUCUUGUCCGGGCGGUGUGAAUAAUUUUUUCUCCCACAACAACAAAAAAUCCAGACGAAAAACACGAGAAAACAGUACCAUUAAACAGAUAAAUAGAGUAGUGGGAAGGUGGGCUCGGUAGGGGGCUGGCGUUGUUUGUUGCUGCUGGCGCGGGUUGUGGUUUCGACAGCCGAUUUUUUCUUUUGCACACACCGAAAGAGCACCCGUGUCAGCGCGAGAUGAUUGGAGAGUUUUGGGGCCGGCUUUUUUGUUUUUGUGCUAAACCUGGUUGUAAUUGUGUUCGACGCCAUGUUUUACGGCAUGGCGUGCUUUUCUUUUUCUCACAUCGGUCUUUUAGCGCAGCUUCUGUUUCUUUGGAAUGCGGUGCGUGUUUCGGUGUGUGUUGCGGCGAUCUGAGGUUUCUAUGCAUGCCAAAGCCGUGCAGUAGUUUGCUACGGUGGAAGGUUGCUAUUUGUGUGAAGUUGCUGAUCUCGAUUUGGCCGUGGUAAUUUUGGCCAGUCUUCCGCAUUUGUGUUGAGGGACAAACCUUUAUUUGCGAGGGCAGUCUAUCGCUGAGUUCUUGGUGAUACGGUCUCUUCUUGGUUUGGAUGCAUGUUGCGAGUAGGUUGAGCUGAUGCGAAUUUUGAAGGCAGAAAUCGAGCCGUACUCCUAUUCGCAUGCUUCGUCGUUUUGGUCCCUUUCCCCUGUGAAGGAGAGCAGCAGCCAAGGCGUGAAGGUUUCAUGUGUGAUACAUGGUGAAUAAUCCGGACACGCCGUCUCUUGUCAGUUUAGGUAGAAUUCGAAGCGAUGUUAUUUCGGCUGUCUCUCGAUAUAACCCAAUAUUGCUCUUUCUCUCUCUCACCGAACAUGGGUCGUCCGUGCGUUGAUCGUGCGCGGUUCUCUAGUCACGAAUGAGUUUUCACGCGGCGAAAGCAGGUUAGGCUACUACUGCUGUAGCGCCGAAUAACUCAUCUCCCGUUGUUGAAAACAGUAAAGGGUGGGUCUCUGUUCAAGCUUGCUGUUGAUGGAGAAUGACGGCGUGCUCGUUGGGGGCACGUCGUCACACGGGCGUUGCCACCCCUGUCCUUCCGGCUGGUAGCCGUCGUGUGUCGCCGAGAUCCCUCUCGCUCGUCGUGUUUGUACUUAAGUACUUCGCAUCUUUCCCAACAGUGAGGGUUAUGCCGUUGUUGCUCCUACCAACGAACGGUGAAGCGCGGGCUUCUUGUACACCACCCAUUGCGAGCAGUUCAUGUGUGUGGAUGAUCCCAGGUCAAUGUGCUUCAUUUAUGAAUCAACGUGAGGCCGGCUCUUGCAAUGUACGUUCCG